AUGGAUCUACUCGACAAAGCGAAGACCUUCGUUGCUGAGAAAGUAGCUGAAAUAGAGACACCCACGGCAGACGUUACCGAUGUCGACAUGAAAGAUUUCAGCCGUGAAGGAAUCACUUAUAAUGCCAAAGUCUCCGUUAAUAAUCCAUACAGUCAUUCCAUCCCCAUCUGUCAGAUUUCUUACACCUUAAAAUGUGCAGAAAGGGAUAUUGUGUCGGGAACAAUACCGGAUCCAGGGUCGCUGGUCGGAAACGAGAAGACAAUGGUUGAGGUGCCGGUGAAGGUACCACACAAUGUAUUGUUAAACUUAAUGAAGGAUAUUGGUGCCGAUUGGGAUAUAGAUUAUCAACUUGACAUCGGGCUUACUAUGAAUAUUCCUGUCGUUGGAAAUUACACCAUUCCUCUAUCUACAAAGGGAGAGAUUAAACUUCCUUCUUUUUGGGAUUUGUGGAAGACUUCUGGAUCAGGAGAAACUUGA